ACUUCUCCCGCGUUUGCGCUCCAAGUAAUCCCGCCCCCUAAAAAUUCGAGGUCACCACAAACUAUAGAUUCUCAUCUUUACUACCCACCUCUUUUCCCUCUUUCUCACUCUCUUAAAACGAAAAUAAUAAUAAAACUACCAUCCAAUUCAUCCAAGCCACUAAAAAUAAAAAAUAAACCGCCACCACCACAAAAAUUUUCUAUUACCAAACUGUACACAACAAAGAUCUAAAGCAAAGCAAAGCAACAAAUUACAAAAUCAAAUAAAACCCUGAAUUCCUGAGUCUGAGUAAAAGUUAAAACUACAAGAGGAAAAAGGAAAUAAGACAAGACACUUAUUGUAGAGUGGAGAGUAAACGCACAGUAUCCAAUACCGCCAAUAAUCAGAAUCAGACACUCAGACUUAGAGUAGAGACAACAGAAAACAGACAGUGACAGAGGUAGUGGUAGAAACGUAGAUAAGUAUAAAUAUAAAUAAAAAAAACAUUUAAAAUAAUAAUAAUAACAAUAAUAAUAAUAACAUAUGUCUCGUUCCCGUUAAAUUUACCACACGGCAAUCGGCAUUCAGUCGCAUGAUGGCGCAACAUGUAGGUCGUUCAGGUAAAUCGCCGGCUUUUUUAUUAAUUAUAAUAUUAAUUUACAUCGAAUCAUCAGUUAUUAAUUCAUUUAAACUACCAUAUAACAAUAAAGUAUUUAAUAAACCAGUUAUAAGUGAAAUAAAAUUGAUAACAAGUGAUUAUUAUUAUUUAUAUAAAUUAUUAAACAACAAUAAUAAUAUCAAUAGUAACACAACAACUACGAGUGAUAGUUAUAGUUUUGGUGCAAGUACUGGUGCUGGUGAUGGUGAUGAUGAUGAUGGUGUUGGUGAUCAUGAUGAAACUUGUGGUGAUGAUAAAAAUAAAUACGUUUUAGUUAAUGGAGUUAAUAUUAAUUAUUUAAAAUAUUUAAGGUGGACUAUUGAUAAAAGUACUUGUGAUAUUAAUAAUAAUAAUAAUUAUAUUAAAAAUAUAUUGAGUAACAGUGAGGGUACAAGUGGUAUUUUUUUAUUUAAAAAUUGUUUUGAGGUUACUGAUGUAUAUUUUUGUCAGUAUGAUCAGCGGGGAGAUAAAAAAGUUGAUUAUGAUGAGGAACAAGGAUGGAGGAUUAUUGAUAAUUUUGUGGUUAAUUUACAAAGAGAAAAACGUGAUCUAUCGGAUAUGGGACUGUCAUUAAAAAUACCGGACAUUGAUGCUGGUGGAUUACGUAUUGAGGGAUUAAGACUGGAAGGCGAUCAAGAAGAGCACGAGUUUGAUUAUGGAAUACCUAAAGUUGUGGGUGAAACUUUUGUAACGAUACGUAUUUUCGGCGUUGGUAUUACUAAUGAUACUGUUAUCAGUUUUACUGAUAUUAAACUAAAUCGUGGUGAGAUUUGCGACAAGAUUAAGUCACAGGAAUUUAUUGUAGAAAAUGUCGAAGAAUUCACAGCUACGAUAUCAGGAGAACUUCCACUAGGAUCACCGUUUUAUAUGUGCGCGAAAUAUAAAUCGACUGCUGAUAAAAAUACAUUGUUUCGUCAUCAAGGGACGGAAAUGUAUAAGCAGAUCAUAUCGUACAAAAAAACUCUACCACUGUGGCUUCAAAUAGUGGUCAUAUUAACAUGUUUAUCAUUCUCGGCAUUAUUUUCUGGUCUUAAUCUCGGAUUAAUGUCAAUGGACCGCACGGAAUUAAAAAUUUUAUGUAACACUGGUACGGAAAAAGAACGGAAAUACGCACGUACUAUUCAACCAGUACGAAAUUAUGGAAAUUAUCUUCUGUGUUCAAUAUUAUUUUCCAAUGUACUUGUUAAUUCUAUUUUUACAAUUCUACUGGAUGAUUUAACUUCCGGUACUGUAACUGUCAUCGGUGCUACUUUGGCAAUCGUUAUUUUUGGCGAAAUUUCACCGCAGGCAUUUUGUAGCAGACACGGAUUAUGUGUCGGCGCGAAAACAAUCUACAUAACAAAGUUAACAAUGUUUAUAACAUUUCCCUUGAGUUAUCCGAUAAGUAAAUUUUUGGAUUACAUGCUAGGAGAGGAAAUAGGAAAUGUCUACAAUCGAGAGCGCCUUAAAGAACUAGUUAAGGUAACGACUGGUUAUAAUGAUCUAGAGAAAGACGAAGUAAAUAUAAUAGCCGGUGCCUUGGAAUUGAGAAAAAAAACAGUCGCUGAUGUGAUGACACGUAUCGAAGAUGUCUAUAUGCUCGACUACAAUGCGGUGCUUGAUUUCGAAACCGUUUCUGAGAUUAUGAAAUCAGGAUUUUCAAGAAUUCCUGUUUUUGAAGGAUCAAGAAAUAAUAUUGUUACAAUGUUAUAUAUAAAAGACUUAGCAUUUGUUGAUCCUGAUGAUAAUACUCCACUAAAAACUCUCUGUCAAUUUUAUCAAAAUCCAUGUAAUUUUGUCUUUGAAGAUGUAACACUUGAUAUUAUGUUCAAACAAUUUAAAGAAGGUCACAAAGGACACAUGGCGUUCGUGCAGCGUGUCAAUAACGAAGGUGAGGGUGAUCCAUUUUACGAAGUAAUAGGCUUAAUAACUUUAGAAGACGUUAUCGAGGAAUUAAUUCAAGCUGAAAUAAUGGACGAGACUGAUGUUUUUACUGAUAAUAGAAGCAAACGUAGGAGAUUAAAUAAUCGUCCAAAAUUACCAGAUUUUACAGUAUUUGCUGAGAAAAAAGAUAGUCAACGUAUACAUAUUUCACCCCAAUUAAUGUUAGCAAUGUUUCAAUAUUUAUCAACAACUGUGGCGCCAUUUAAACCAGAUACAAUAUCAGAAACAAUUUUACGUCGUUUAUUAAAACAAGAUAUAAUUCAUCAUAUUAAAGUAAAAUCCCGCGAAAAAGCGCGAAAUGAUCCCGCGGCAUUAAUAUAUACGCAGGGUAAAGCUGUUGAUUAUUUUGUAUUAAUAUUAGAAGGACGUGUUGAAGUAACUGUUGGUAAAGAAAAUUUAACAUUUGAAAGUGGGCCAUUUACUUAUUUUGGUUGCCAAGCACUUGCUACUAAUAUUGGAGUUGUCGAGUCGCCGACGACAAAUGUUAAUCCACAGACAUUAGGAAGUAUACAGUCUAUUAAUUUAGAUGCGAUACUUCGGCAUACAUUUGUACCUGAUUAUUCAGUACGUGCUGUUACUGAAGUAUUUUAUCUAAAGGUCAAAAGAUCAUUGUAUUUAGCUGCUAAGAGGGCGACGUUACUUGAAAGAAGUCAGAAAGAUCCGUCGCCUAGUAAUGAUCAGUUUGAUGAUGAAGUUGAAAAGUUGCUGCACUCGCUCGACGAAGACGAUCGCAGCAUCCAGUCAUCACCGAUCUUAAGUCGUUGCGAUGAUUUUAAAUCAACAGAGCCAACUUCGCCAGUGAAAAGCGCAACAAUUCCCACAUCACCUACACCAGUAAGCGCCUCUCCUGUAACAAAUUCAAAAUUUUUACCUCAAAAUAGACCGAGCGAACCUAACGGCCAAAUUCGUAAUUCAUCUCCUAGUAAAACUGAUGACUCAAUAACAACUCCCAUAAAUUCAUUACCAGUAAACACAUCAAAUAAUCAAGAAAAUCAAAAUAAUUUAGAUUUAGAUGCAGAAAUAGCCUCGCGUUUAUCAAAUAAAAAAAGUAAUAAUGAUGAUAAUAAUGAUGAGUUAACAAAUUUAUUAUCUAAACAAGAUCGUUCUUAACAUUUACAAAAUGGCCAUACGAAUAAUAGUAAAAUCGUCAUGGCUUCCAUCAACGAAUCCGAUAGUAAAAGAUGAGAAAAAAAAACUUUUUUUUUUUUUUAUAAAAGUAAAAAUUUUUUUUUAUGACAAAAAAAAAAUUGAAAUAUUUUUAGAUACUUAGUCGUGUGUAAAAAAAAUAAUUGAGCAUGCUUACUUAAAAUUAACUAUUUAAUUUGAGUAAUUAAUUAAUGAAUUAAGUAAUUAUAGAAAAAAAAAAAUUUGAUUUCCGCUCAGGGAAUAAAAAUGCCAAAAUUAAUUUUUUUCAUCGACACUUCCAAUAAUAAUUGUUAUUAAAUUGUUAAUUACAGUAAUUAAUUUACAAUAGAACUGAUUAAUCAUGUAUCCAUAUUUUAUUAUUAUUAUUAUUAUUAUUACUAUUAUUUGUAGCUAAUUUUUUUUUUAAUCAUUUUUUGAGUAAUGAAAAUUAAGUUGAGCUUUUGAAGAGGCGAUGGAAUUUUUAAAAGUGUGUUAUUUGCUAACUAUAUUGGGAAAGGAAUUUAAGUGAAAAAUAUAAAUUUCGAAUUUUUUAAUUUGAGAAGACAAGGAAAUAUAUAUUUUCAUAACGGAGAGAAUGUAAUUACGCGUCGAAUGAGUACCCACAUCAAUAGGUUUUAAAAAGUUGCUUUUUUUUAUGAAAUUUGAAAUUUUGGUUUUGGAAAAAAUUUUAUAACUUUAAAUAUAGGCUUGUGAGUACUCAUUCUUCUGGAAAUUACAAACUGUACACGAUAGAUACGUCAGUUUUUGAUAACAAGAAAUUUUUUUGGGUUUAGGUAUAUUUAAAAAAAAAUUCUUGUUAAAAAAAUGAGCUUGCGAUUAUUGCUACUCGUUUAAAAAUAAUUUUAUUUUCUUAUCAUAUUUAUGCUUUAUUUUAAAAAUCUCACACAAUGAAUUAUAAAAAAAAUAAAAAAAUAUCGUGAUUUUAUUUGACAAUUUUUUUUGCCACUUGGAGUGAGACGGAAAUAAAUACGCGGAUUUUUCAGAGCAUAUGAUAUCUGGUAGUUUGAGUAUCCUGAAGCCUAUUUAAAAAAAUUCAAAAUUUUAAUUUUUAAAGCAAAAUUGGCCGAAUUUAAAUAUAGGUAUGUGGGUACUUAUUCUACUGGGAAUCGUUUGCUCUGCAAGCUGAGACUAUUUAUUUGCGUCUUCUUUCAACUGAGAGCCAAAGAGAUGCUUAAUUUACCAUUACGCGUAUUUAAUAAUUUUUUUUUUUAAUUCCAAAUCUACUUCAAAAGCUCUGUACGAAUCAUAGAUACAAUUGAAUUUUAUUAUGUAUUUAUUCAUUAAGUAAAUGAGUCGAUUUUUUUGUUUUUUAGUAGUUAUUACUUUUGUCAGUUACUUAUAUCAAUUAAAUGUCAAUAAUUAAAUGAAAAAAAAAAAAAAAUUGUCUUUUUUUAUACAGUUGAUAAUUAAAUAUAUGUGUAAAAUAGGUAAAACAGAUUUUUUAUAUAUGGCAUCAUUAUUGAAUAUUCUUUAGAUCAAUAAAAAUUUUAAAAACUAAAAUUAAAAAUUAGACACUAGGUUAAUAUAUUUAUAAAAAAAAAAAAUUUAAUAACAAAUAAUUGCCUUUUUGUCUCUUUGAAUAAAAAAUAAUUUAUAUAUUCUGAUUAUCAAAAACAAUUUAUUAUAAAUUAUAAAACAAAUUUACUUAAUGUAAAAAUCGAUCAUUAGAAAACAAAAUUUUCAAAAUUCUGUUCUUGUUACAUAAUUGUGUAAAACAUUUUCGGAUAGAGAACGAAAAAUCUCGUCGAAUGAGUACCCACAACUCUAGGUUUCGACGAGUUUUAUUUUUUUUGAAAAUUUAAUAUGGAAAUUUUGUAAUAAAUUUUUGAAAACUAAAUAUAGUGAUGUGAGUACUUAAAUUAACGGAAAUAGGUUACUUAAGACGAUGAUAAGAUUGUUUUUGAAGAAAAUUUUAUUUGCGGGCUGUAAUGGAACGGAAUAAUGAGUUUUGGUAAAUCGAUCGAUUUUUAAAUUUUAUAAAUUUGAAAUACAUAAAGUUAUUGUUUAGUAGCAAAUUACUGCCAUUUAAAUAUUCGGUGGAAAUUUAUUAAAAAUUCUUGUUCAUAAAUUAACUGAUUAAUUAAUAUAUUUUUUAAUUAAUAAAUUUAAUAAUGCAGAUGAUAAUAAAUAGAAACAAUAAAUAAUUAAGUAUCAAAAGGAUUGAAAAUAAUAAUGAACAGAAUCUAAGUCAAAUUUGCAUUUUUUUUUUUUAGGUUUAAAUUAUUGUUAAUAAGAGAUUGAUAAUUAAUACUUAAUGAUUAAUGAUUUAUAAUUAUAUUUAAUAAGAGAGAUUAUAAAAU